AUAUUGUCAAAUGUCACUAGUUUAUUUGUCUCUGAUUGUCAUGUCUUUAUGAAACAUUUCGAUUUGGCUAUCACUUUUUCGCGACAUUGCCCAAUAGUACACAAUAUCUAUGAUGACUAAAAUUAUAGUAUAAAUAACAACACAGUCUUUAACACUUGCCAAAUAAUGUGCAGCGACGUAACAUUAAUUGUGCCUGUACUAAUUUAAAGUACAGAAUUGAGAACACCAAAUACACAUCCAAUCGUCGUAUACAAUGGAUGUCCUAGAAAGGAUCUAUCAGAAUAUAAGAAGACAUGUAGUAAAUCUGCCGGUAAAUGUACCCAAAACUGUGGAUUAUAUCAACAAAUCAGUAAAUAGUGUGAAAUUACCGCCAUUUACGAGGGAUAAUGUAUUGUACUACUAUUUACCUUUGCAAGGUCUAGUUAGUUACACAACUUUGUCAGUCAGUGUAAUGAACCCACAUUUAAUGGUCAGAUUGUUUCCACAGCGAGAUGUAACUGACGUGUUAUUCUUGAGUGCUGGUGGUGGCGCCGGCUUGUGGCUGUGGGCAAGGCCACAUAUGGCCGCUGCUGCUCCGGCUCGUCGAUUUUCGUGGGCAUUCCUUGGUGGCUGCCUUUGGCCCUUGGGCUCUAUAUUCUUAUGGGCUAUUCUCAGAAGUUCGGUUGGGCAAAAACCCAUGAUAGGCACAGUACUUGGUAUUACAACAGGGGCUAUGCUUACUAAUAUUGCUUUAGAUUACUUUCAUUAUGUUGAGCUUAUGUUUUGUGGUGAAUUGCAUUUACCUGAAGAAACCUAUAGCCCCAAUAGUGAUGAUGAGAAGUAUGACAUUGAUAUUAAUUAAUUUAUUGCCCAUCUGCCAUGGCAAUGUAAUCAUAUUAAUAAGUAAAUGAGAAAAUGUUUUUCCUGUUUAUGCAUAUUAUUUGGUGGCAGUUAGUAUUAACACAAAAGUUAAAAAAUAUAUUCUGUUCUUUGCACCUUAUGUAGUGGUAUGUUGUUAAUAUUCUCUAGUCUUUCACUGAAUGCUUUGAAUAAAUGAUGUAUAGUCUUGGAAAAAAUUCUUAAUAACCUAACUUUGAAUAUAUUAUUAAGCUUUCAAAA